AUGAAUCAGGACAAUUUCCCAUUGAAAUUCCGCCGAGCCUCCAGCAAACUUCACAAGGAAGCCCCUAGCUUCAGCUCGCGCAUUCUUCGGAGUCAUCAAAGCGCUACCUCGUUGAAACGCACCCCCUCCGCCCCAGUCUACCCGCGCUCCUCUCCCAGCGGCAGCCGCGAGCACAACCGGUCGCGAUCCAACGCACAAUUCCCGGGAUCCUCAUCUUCCUCACUGGAACAGAACAGUGGUGGCCCUUCUCCAUCAAACGACGAAUCAAGUGGCUUUUUCUCCGGUUUCACCUCUCGUUCCCGCACCCGCAGCUCCAACCGUUUCUCCUACACUGAGCAGAGCUCGGAUGAAUUAAAUGCCCCUUACGAAACGCGGGGCAUGCUCAGUGCGUUGGACGAGAAUACCGCCGAGUCAGACCCUCAUUCCCAGCAAAAGCCCCCACUCCGCUCGCAUCAUACCAGCCCCGACAAUCGCGGCCGCCACUCCCUCAGGCAAUCUGCCAGCUUCACCACGCUAGCCAAUCGAAUGGAUCCUUUCGCACAUCGCGAGACCGAGCGGCCAAAUGGCCAGAAGCGGUAUUCCGACGAUGGCAAUAACCCCCGAUUCGUCGACAGUAUGCUUGGAACGCCCGGUCGCAACAUGAAGAUUUCUGCGCCAGAGAACCCAGUCCACGUCACCCACGUCGGCUACGAUAAUCAGACCGGUCAGUUCACUGGUCUUCCCAAAGAAUGGCAGCGCCUGCUCCAGGAGAAUGGUAUCUCGAAGAAGGAACAGGAGGAACACCCGCAAACUAUGAUGGAUAUUAUGCGCUUCUACGAAAAGAACACCCGCGGCGAUAGCGACGAUGAAGUUUGGCAUAAAUUUGACAAUGCGCAAGCGACGAGUCCAAGCGGAAGACAAUCGCCUCCAGGAAGCCCGCGAUUCCCACAAAAUCACGAGAGUAGCUUUGAGAAUCCGCGGUCGCCGCCACCAAUCCCUCGUGGCCCUCCAGCUGGUACCCCAUCUAUGUCUCCUUCGUCCGCCGGUAUGAUGCCUCAUCGCGCUCCCCCGAAGCCCCCGACCGGGAUAACGCCCUCUCGUCCUCCGCCUCAACCUCCUGUUUCGAACCAAUACGCAACACCGCAACCGCAACGGGCGCAAGACAACUAUGGUCCUACGUUUGGCACCCCAACAAUCCCGGAAACUGAAGCAGUACCCUCUCCCCAUCGCUCUCCCUCUGUCUCUCGAAAUGACCCUCCCGCUUCCGCCGCCCCGAACGUCAUCGCGUCUCCCACUCAAUAUCAGCGCCAGCAAGAGCAAGUCAUGGCCGCAGCCCAACAGGCCUUGGACCGGAACCGUACCCAGCGCCAGCAGGCACAGCAACCUCCGGCUAUAUCCACCUCAACUAAUGCGCCUGCCCCAGAUCUCUCCUCCGCUGUGUCACCCACUGUGCGCGCGCCGCCUGCUGCGCGGCCACGCCAGCGCCAGCGCCAGAGCAAUGCCAUGGACAUUCGAUCCCGUCUAUUGUCUAUCUGUCACCCUGGAGAUCCUACGCAAAUCUAUUAUAAUCUCAAUAAGAUCGGCCAAGGUGCUUCGGGUGGUGUAUUCACCGCAUAUGAGCACCCCCACAACAACUGUGUGGCCAUCAAGCAAAUGAACUUGGACUUGCAGCCCAAGAAGGACCUCAUCAUCAACGAGAUUUUGGUCAUGAAGGAUAGCAAACACAAGAACAUUGUGAACUUUUUGGAGAGCUUCCUCCAUGGGCUGGAUCUAUGGGUGGUAAUGGAAUAUAUGGAAGGUGGCAGUCUCACGGACGUCGUCACAUUCAACAUUAUGAGCGAGGGACAGAUCGCAGCUGUCUGCCGAGAGACUCUGAAUGGUCUGCAGCAUCUGCACUCCAAGGGUGUCAUUCAUCGUGAUAUCAAGUCUGACAACAUCCUCCUCGCAUUGGAUGGCAAUAUCAAGCUGACCGAUUUUGGUUUCUGUGCUCAAAUUAACGACUCACAAAACAAGCGCAACACUAUGGUUGGAACUCCGUAUUGGAUGGCCCCCGAGGUUGUCACCCGCAAGGAGUAUGGCCGCAAGGUCGACAUCUGGAGUUUGGGUAUCAUGGCCAUCGAGAUGAUCGAGGGCGAGCCCCCAUACCUCACAGAAUCGCCCUUGCGAGCACUCUACCUCAUCGCCACCAACGGAACCCCUACUAUCAAAGAUGAACAUAACCUAUCCCCCAUCUUCCGUGAAUUCCUUCACUUUGCCCUGAAGGUUGAUCCCGAGAAGCGUGCAUCCGCUCAUGAUCUGCUGAAGCACCCAUUCAUGUCCCUCUGCGCACCGCUCUCGCAUCUUGCCCCCUUGGUCAAGGCUGCCCGCCACAGCCGCGCCCAAGAAAAAGCCCAGAAAGGAGGCGCUUGA